AUGCAGACUAUUAAGACAGUGGAGACCCAAGUGCCCUUUCUGAAAGAGAGUUUCUUUACCACUACUUUCAAAGGCAGGAGGAAGAGUAGCGUUACCAAUCUCCUUCGUAAACAGCAGCACUCAAUCCUUAAUCAACAACACCACCAACAACAAUGUAUUUUAGAGCACCAGCCGCAGCAUGCAAAGCAAUUUCUUUUCCCCUCAUUUGAAAACGGACAAGGGCAGUGCACUCCGGAGCUUCAGCGCCUAGCUCGCUCAAAUAGCAGCCCGUUAUGCAAGACAGAUGAGUGUACAGGAGCAGAUGGGGAUAGAAAGGAGGGGCAAAUGGAGAGAAAGGAUCAGAGAGUGAGAGAGGAUGUGCAGGGGAGGGGGGCAGAGCGAGGAGUGAGUGGUAGUGAGCCCGCGGCUGUCAGUGCCAGUCUCCUCCUCCUUUCAUCAUCAGCAUCAACAGCACUGGGGAAGGCAGCAUCAUCCUCACAGCUGCCUUUAACUGUGGUGAGUAAACAGCAGGGAUCAUCUAGCUCUGAGAGGACGCUGACCAACAGAGGACCAGCAUCAGCCCAGGAGGAAGCCCAGCAUGCCCAGUCUCGACCCCAGCAGAAUGGCCUGUUAGCCAGGGGUGUCCGCCUGCUGAAGAACAUGGGGAACCAGGAGGCAAAGCAGAAGAAAGGAGGAGGUGGUGCAGCAGGAAGGGAUGUCUCCUGUGAUGAUGAUGCUGAUGAGAGGGAAGUAGAUAAAAAAUCUAAGAAGUCUAGCAAGACCAGCAAAGGAGGGGAACAAAAUGGUAAGAAGAAAUCAAAGUCAGAGUCGAAGGGUUCUGUGUUUUCUGGCAUGAAGAUCAGGAAGAGUUUUUCCAAGGCAAAAGGGUUGUCUAAGGAUGACAUGUUGGAAGAUGGGAGGUCAGCACAUUUUGACAAAGCAGGGCUCAAGCCUGGUGAAGAGGCAAGCCUGUCAGCUGAUGAGAUGGGCAUGCUAGAUGGUGAAGGGGAUCUAAGCUAUUUGAACACAGACAGUCACCAAUCCAUUGUGGAUGAGAUGGGCCGAAAGACGAGUUCUGGGUCGGAUGCUGACCAUUACAGUUUUCACUCAGCAGCAGCUGAAAAUGAAGAUCUGCUUUUUGACAUCCAGCAGGCCAUAAGAAACCAAUGUGUGGCCAGUGACAGGGUUCUAGAAAUGGUGACUGGUCAUUUAUCAGAAGAGUUUAUCUCUGGGGGGAGCAAAGUCCCUGAGAACAUAUCUCAUCAUCUGCGUAACUUGGCUGAGGAAGUUUUCUCUCCACCUGUUGACAGUGAAUAUUUAGCUCAAGAAUAUAAAAACUUGGAGAACGAAGGCCGUGUCAUACCCAUAUCAAGAAAUUCAUCUGGUCCUGGGUCCCUGAGCGAGAGUGGGCCACCAUCUUCAGCCCCUGACACAGAGAGAAGCAGUGGCAGCCUUUUCCCAAAGACCAACAGCACGUAUAGCUUCCCUGAUACUACAGCCACUACUACCUCCUAUGAGAGUGCUGACGAGCCCCAGGAUGACCUGGAGAGCCCAUUUCUGCACCCACAGCUGAGUCAAGGUAAUCGGGCUGCCCAGAGCGAAGUUACAAGUGUGCCAUGUGUCCGCUUGGACCCUACAGGGGCAGGUGCAGGGCCAAUAGGAGUUCACAAGAGUGUGAGCAGCAUGGACCUGUCUAUGGAGAGGGAGGAGGUUGAGGAAAGUAGGAGGUGGGACUUCCUGUCCCUCAAAAGGAGGAAGAGCAGUAUGUCCAUUAGCCAGCUAACACCAGACAGCCCAAAUGCUUCUCAACCUAGACGACCAUCUUCCAACUCCCCCUCAACUGUUAAGCUCUACCCUCCAGUCCACCCCUCCUAUGUUAAGACUACCACCAGGCAGCUCACCUCUCCAAUUGGCUCCCCCAUUACCAGCCCCAAUGUGCCAAGGAAGGAUGCCAUCUCUACUUCAGUGGGAUCAAGUGGGGGCCAGGGGUUUAGGAGACGCAAGCAGAGGUCCUGUUCCAUUGCUGGGCCCUUCAGUGUGUCUGCAGACUGGUCCACAGAGGUGGAUGAACUGAGAGGAAGGCAGAGUGAUGGGGCCAAAUUCUCAGAGCCAGAGACACCAGAGAAGGGUUACACAGAAGGGACUUACUGGACUCUGGGCUCUAGGAGAGCACAUUAUGGACGCCAGACCUCCAGUACCACUACUACUACAGCACCCUACCUGGAUGUCUUCUCUGGUCGAGCUCUGUUGGACAGGCUGUGUUUUCAUCAAGGAGAUGGGUCUAAUGAAGAGGCAGCAAAGGAACUGUGUCACCGAAUGUUGGUCCAGGGUCUGCUUCACCCUUUCAAUGACAGUGCUGGAAAGCUCCAUGGUGACAUCACUGCCUCAGCCACUACGCCAGUCUUUAAUGAGGAGCAGCUGUACACCUGGGCAUCUGUUGGCCUGCCAGUAUCUUCCCACCUGUGGGAACUCUAUGCGGGGCGAACUGCAGGCAGAGUACAAAGCUUGAGAUCUCCUUUGCAUCAAUCAUCAGCCAAGAAUGCAGGAGCACUACACUCUCCGACAGAAACCAGCAGGUUGAAGUCAGGUCAGUCAUCCUCAGAGGAUGAAAGCUGUCUCAUCCCUCAGCUGGAGAGGACCAUCGAUGACCUGCGGAUUAAAAUUGCUAUGUUGCAGAGCCAGCAGGCCUCCUUGGCAAAAGGCAGCGGGGAUAAUAUGGGAGCCCUGGGUACUGCCCACCACAAGGCCUCACAGAUGAGAGGAGAAAGAUUGGGAAAGAUGAGCCAGGAGGUAUCUGUCCAGACCUCGCCUGUGGAGGAGGGAUUUAAGUUUGAUGUGCCUUUCAGCGGAGGAUCAGACAGUGUGUCGUCCUCUGUGCCAUCCAAAUCUACAGAACACUUUGUCUGCGUGUGCCAGCAGAGGCAGCAGAGCAGCACGCAUUCAGUUCCCCCACCCCCACCUCCACCACCAUUACCAGGAGGUGCUGCUCCUCCACCACCACCUCCCCCACCUUUACCUGGGGCUGGACCUUGUCCACCACCUCCUCCUCCUCCUCCCCCUCCUCCACCAUCAGGUUUUGGACCUCCACCACCUCCUCCUCCCCCGCCUGGUUUUGGACCUCCACCCCCACCACCCCCACCGCCGGGUAUGGGCCCUCCUCCACCACCCCCACCACCAGGAAUGGGUCCUCCUCCUCCACCGCCACCCCCAGGGUUUGGGCCUCCACCACCACCAGGCCUCAUGCCCUCCAUGAUGGCCCAGGAAGCUGCCCCUGCCAAGGGAGUGAUAGAGCCCCCCAAGCCAAUGAAGCCACUCUACUGGACACGCAUACAGCUGCAUGCUAAAAAACAGAGUGACUCACUGGUGUGGGAGAAUAUCAAUGAACCAGCUGUAAACUUUGAAGAAUUUGUGGAACUCUUCUCCAAAAGUGCUGUUAAGGAAAAGAAAAAGCCAAUUUCCGACACAAUCAGCAAGUCCAAGGCCAAGCAGGUGGUGAAGCUUUUGAGCAACAAGCGAUCGCAGGCUGUGGGUAUUCUGAUGUCCAGCAUCCAUCUUGAUAUGAAGGACAUCCAGAAUGCCGUCCUAAAUAUGGACAACGCUGUGGUUGAUCUGGAAACUCUGCAAGCCCUUUAUGAAAAUAGAGCUCAAAAUGAUGAGAUGGACAGCAUAAAAAAACACAUUAACACAGCCAAAGACAAGGAGGAUGCCAAACCACUGGACAAGCCUGAGCAGUUUCUAUUCCAGUUAUCCCAAAUUCCCAACUUCUCUGAACGGGUGUUCUGCAUCCUGUUUCAGUCGACUUUCCAUGAAUGUAUAACCUCAAUCCUUCGCAAAAUAGAAAUCCUUCAGAGGGUGUGCAAGGCUCUCCAGGGCAGUACAUGUGUAUUGCAGGUUCUGGGCCUGGUGCUUGCUUUUGGCAACUUCAUGAACGGAGGCAAUCGUUCUCGAGGGCAGGCCGACGGCUUCACCUUGGACAUUCUGCCAAAACUGAAGGACGUUAAGAGCAGUGAUAACUCGCAGAGUCUUUUGUCCUACAUUGUUGCUUACUAUCUAAGGCACUUUGAUGAGGAUGCUGGCAGAGAGACGUGUGUCUACCCUUUGCCUGAGCCACAGGACCUCUUCCAAGCCUCCCAGAUGAAGUUUGACGAUUUUCAAAGAGACCUCCGCAAGCUGAAGAAAGACCUCAAUGCAUGCUCAGCUGAGACGGAGAAGGUAUGCAAGUUGUCCUCUGAAGGGAACCUGCAGCCCUUUAAAGACAAGAUGGACACAUUUCUCAGCAAAGCCAAAACUGAACUGGAAACACAGGAGAAGCAGCUGGCAGAUACUCAGAAGAUCUUCUUGGAGUUGAGCGUGUCCUUCUCAGUUAAACCCAAGGCAGGAGAGAAAGAGGUUUCUCCCAACACUUUUUUCUCUGUUUGGCACGAGUUUUCCACAGAUUUCAAAGAUCAUUGGAAGAAGCACAAUAAACUGAUGUUACAGGCACGGGUGAAAAUGGCUGAGGAAUGCUUCAAACAGGCUAGAGAGAAAGCUUCCUACAAUGUCAAACCCAAACAUGCAACUGGAAUAAAGGCAAAGCUGGGUCAGAAGAUCUGA